AUGUAUGGGACGAAUAAAUUGGCCCUCUGGGUAAUGACAGGUCUUUUGGCUGUCACCACCGUCUUUUUCAAUGUCUACAUCUUCUUGACGAGUCUGUGGAACUACAAGCAGAAGAAGAAGUGGAGUCCCAGUGAAACUAUCAUCUUGGCUCUGUCGGUGGCUAGCGUGGCCCACCAGCUAGUGUGCUACUUCUGGAUGACCAUGGAUGAGGUGGACAGUAAGUGCCACAUUGCUGGGAUGCCCUACAGCAUCAUGCUGCUGGUGAUCUACAGCCUCAAGUUCACCAUCAUGUGGGACACAGGCUUUCUCACUUUCUACUACAGCACCAAGCUGGUGAACACACCCAAUCAGUGCUACACACAUAUCCAGGCUGUCAUCCUCAAGCACGUCAUCUUAGCUGUUUGUUUUAUCCCUCUGUGCGGCCUGGGCACCUGCAUGCCGAUGCUCGUGGUGUUUCACCCUGACAACUACACCGCAACGAACAGCGACUGCGGGGUUUUACUGCCCAACACCUUCUCUGGCAAGAUCUACGAAGCCACGUACCUGCUCCUCGCUGAUGUAUUGCCAGGGGUGCUCAUGGUGAAAUGCUGCAUCUCCAUCUCCGUCCACCUCGCCAUCCAUCUCCGCCACAUGAAAGCCAGCACCAACGGAGCCCAUGGGCCAAAGCUGGGCUCCCAGAUGAGAGUGAUCCAGAUGGCUUUAUCUCUGGUGGCCGUCUUCAUCCUCUUCCUCGUGAUCGACCUGUACGUCAACUACCAGAUAUCGGUGAACCAUGAGAACAUCAUUGUGCUCACAUUCUUCUUCACGUCCAUCUACACGACUGCAACGGCUAUGGUGCUAAUCUACGGGAAAAAGACAUUCUGGAAAUCUCUGAUACAUGAAUAUAAUGUCUGUCUGGAUGAAUAUCCGUGUUUGUCUUGUCUGAAGGUGCCUGAACAAAAGGAUAAACCCAGCACUCCUGCAAAAGUUAAAACUUGA